AUGGAGCGACCUGAGCGGGCUGCCCUGGUUGAACCCGAAGCUGGAGUUGACAAUCAUGGCGACCCAGAAGGCGGCGAAGAGGGCGAGGAACGGCAGGUGGGGCUGGUGGUCGGGAAGCUCAGCGCCUCCUCCGACCGCGCACUCGUCUACUCCCUGCUCCCCACGCCGCCCACCGAUGCCGGCGAGCCCGCUUGCUCCCUCCGGGCCGCCGCCCCCUCAGCUGGCAAGGCCAAGCCCAAGGGCGGGAAAGGUGGUGCAGGGGCUUCUAACGACGCGCCGCCGACGCUCCAGUUCGAUGUCGACUGGGUCGCCGAACACGCCCGACAGGUGUCGAGGAUGCUCCUUGGAGGAAUGAGUGUCAUGGGUAUCUAUAUAUGGUCUUCUGAAGGCUCCUUCAAAGCUACUCCUUCUGCUGUUUUAUCACAGGUUAUCAGAGUGGUUUCUCAGUCAGUUCCCUGGUACGGCAGUGACUUUGAUGAGAGGCUGCUCCUUCAUCUCUCUUACAGCCCAAGAAGGUGGGCCUGUCGCAUAUGUGAGAUGGCAUCAGGAAGUCUAAGGCCGUGUGACUUCAAAUAUAGCAAAUUAUUAGCUUCGCUUCAAACUUUCAGAUGCACAUACAAUUUUGAGACGAGAUUGACAGUUGUUCAAGCUGAGCCUUUUAAGAAAGUUAUUUCGAAGGCAAUCAGUCAUCUCACAAAGGAAGUGCAGAAUGCCAAAGCCUUAAUUGAUGGAGAUCUGUUUUCGGAUGAUAUGACCAUCACUUCAGAGGGCCCACACGAAGUCGAUUUGCUUGUACCUUUCAAGAACAAUUUGCCUGCCGGAGUUAGUGCUUACACCAAAGAAUGCAGUUUAGAGGGGGUUGCUGGGUUGCUUCUCUUUGCUGGAUCUGUCAGUGCGUUGGCAUACUUAGGCCCAAAAGAAUCUAUUUCGGAAGCUAUAUCUGAUCUGAAGGUGGACAUCAUUGCGAGCCUACGAAGCAGAUUAGAUAUCAUCCUUGAUGAGGCAGAUGAUGACUCUACAACUAAUGAUAUGGAGAAUUCAGCAUCUCAGAAGGUUACCCAAGUUAAUUUUCAUGAGCUGAGAGAACCUUAUAGUUUCUCAUUCCCUAGAAGGAUUCUGAUUCCUUGGUUAGCUGGCUCCUAUAUUUGUGACUACUUGCAACAAUCAGAAACGACAAAGGAUGCAAUGGAGCGUUGCAAGGAAGUGAUAUCACUGGAAACAGAAGUAGAGAACUCAAUCCUAGAACCAGAAACCGCAGCAUCUACUGCCACACUAGAAUCGUUUUGGGAUGUGGUGCCUGGAGCUUCAUCACGUGCUCGUGCAGGGCCUGGUCCGAAAGAUGAGCGCCCUGAACAGGCGACGGGUUCGGGGAGAACACAAGACAACAGUUUCAGCAUCCUAGCUGCCUUGUUUGUGCUCCUGGUUGCUCUUCUAGUUGGAUUUAUGUUUGCGUUCCCUGCCAAUUCGAAAACCUGA